AUGUCUUCCCGUAAGCAUGUCAAGCCUUCAAGUUCGCGCACAAAACCCAAGGAUUCACGUUCGUCUACUCGUGCCGUCAAGGAAAGUGACUAUGACCUUGUUGUCAAAGCAAUCCGCGUAACCGUUCACACUACAGGCAAAUUCUUCGAAAGCGACAUUCGCAGUGGUAACCAUGCCUCGAUCUUCCUUCUAACAUCAAAUGAUGCUUCAGUCCGCCUUAACAUGACAAAAACAUCAGCAGACGCCACGAUGGGCACAUAUGAGAUAAAAUAUUGCAGUUACCAAAGAACAAAUAGUUCGCUAAGAGACUUCGAUCUCACAGCUACCAGUCAAGGCUUAACAGUUGGGCACGUUUUGCAGCUGAUCGAAAAGAAGAAGCGUGAUGAGUAUCAGCUAGCUCGCAGCGGCCUGGGCUGUAGACACUGGGUGAAAACGGUUAUUAGAGAUUUUAAUGAUGCCGGAUUUAUCUCAUCUUCGAGCCCUCUUACAACCGAAGAUGCUGUUAACGGCUUGAGAUAUAACUACUCGAAAGGCAAAAAUCCUGAGCUAGAAGAGAUUGAUCCGGGCACUUUCGUAACAGACAUACCAAAAAAAGUGAAUAGAAUAAGACACACUAAUACAAAAGACUCUGAAUCUGGAUCACACGGAAGAACGGGUUCCGGUUCUGGAUCUGUAAAACGUCGUUGA